GUUACUUUAAAUUUUAUUUUCUAAUUUUAUGUUCAAAAUACAAUUUUGUUUUCUUUGGAAUGCACGUUCUACAUUGGAUCACUUUCUUCUAAAAUCCCUGAUUUAUAUGAGUUCUCAAUCAAUGGCCUAAUUCUGAGAUGACAUCUUUAGGCUCUGAUUUCAUCAACACAAAGACCAGUCCGACAGGAAGUUGCGCUGACGCUACCAUCCUAUGUAAACAUCCCAGGCCUUCUGACUCCGUGUCGGACACUCAUUGUUUUUGUUUUCCGUUUCGUCAGAAGGUUGGCCACAGUGUCCAGGCAGUGCCUGCACGUGUCUGUAAGCCUUUAUGAGCGUUCUCGAUCCGAAAAAGCAUAGGAGCGGGACCUGGAUGAACCCUGGACACCGUCAGGAUGGGGAACAGCACAUCAUCAUCUUUGGGAAACGCAGCAACUGCUCCCGUGAAUCAGAUCCAAGAGACCAUUUCUAAUAAUUGUGUGGUGAUUUUCUCCAAAACAUCCUGUUCUUACUGUACGAUGGCAAAAAAACUUUUCCAUGACAUGAAUGUUAACUAUAAAGUGGUGGAAUUGGACAUGCUUGAAUACGGAAGUCAGUUUCAAGACGCGCUUCACAAAAUGACUGGUGAAAGAACUGUACCACGAAUAUUUGUCAAUGGAACUUUUAUUGGAGGUGCAACUGACACUCAUAGGCUUCACAAAGAAGGGAAGUUGCUUCCACUAGUUCACCAGUGUCAUUUAAAAAAAAGUAAGAGGGAAGAACUUUAGUGAUAGCGAUAGCAGGAUGGACACCUCCAGCAAAGGUCUCGUUAUCAGUGAAUACGAUGAAGACAUCGGCAGCUGUAUUUGUCUUUUGAGCCCAGAUCAUCGGAAGAGAGCAAUCAGUUUCACCUGCUGGGAUCUAACUCAGAAUAAAAACAUGGUUAAGAAUAAAAGAAAAUGCUCUCAUUUCCAUACUGAAAUGUCUGAAAUAAUUAAAUACUUAAAAAUAC